UGUGUCGUUCCUACCAUCACCUGGCCUGCUCUUCCAAGUCUAUAACAAACACAUACCAACAGGAUAAGUAAGUAGGCCCACGGCUUGAGAGAGAAGAACAUUCUGGAUCACACUCUUGUUGGAAAGUUUGUUCAACAAGUUUCUCUCAAUGCUUUGUACACGUUCAUCCACUGGUUCAGCUGGUUCGGCAUUUACAAACUCAUUGUCCUAAGCUUUAGACGUGUGUGUGUGCAUUACUUCUGAUCACAGCAUACACCAUAACUCAAAGGAUCAAGAACUCAAACAAACUAGAACAAUAUGGCCACAAGAAUUCCCAUCAACAAAGAUUCUUACAAUUUUGAAGAGCGUCAAAAGAAAAUCUGGGAAGACAUGGAAAGAGACAUGGAGCGGAGAAGAAGGGAAUGGGAGGAAGAAAUAGAUAAAAUGAGGAAAGAGUUCUUUCAUCUUCAUCCACAAAAUUCUGAAUUUGGUUUGGAUAGACCUUCAUCUAGACUCACAGCUAACAGCACUCCUUACCUGACUGAGAAAGAAGAUGGGAAACCUCUCAUAGAGAAAGAUGACCAAGGAAAUCCUGUCUUCAAGGUUCAAUUCAACAUGAAAGGUUAUAAACCAGAGGAGGUAAAUGUGAAAAUGGACUCCACAAAGAUUAUGGUCUGUGCCAAGCAUGAAGAGAAGGGCAGUGGUUCCACUGUAAGUAGAGAGUAUAACAGAGAAGUCAAUAUUCCCUGUGAUGUCAAUCCACUUUCUCUGCAGUGUUCCUUGAACCCAGAUGGCGCACUUGUAAUACAUGCUCCAAUUCCAGCCCCAACAUACAAUGCAGUCAAGGAUUCAUCAGCUUUAUCCAGCACUCCUCCAGGAAGAUUGUUAGGUCACCAGACAUCUUCUAGCACUCCACCAGGAAGGUCCAUAAGUCACCAAACAUCCUCAAGUUUGCCAGUGUGUGACCCAAUAACCUCAUUUCAACAGUCUUCUAGCCUGCAACAUCAGCAGCACACUGCUCCUAUCAGUAAACCAUCCUACUCUGCCUCAUCCAGCAUUAAACCAUCUUACACAACAUCAUCUUCUGUUUUUGAAGAGAACUCAAGCCACCCUGAUCACAUUGUUCCAUCCUUCAAACCUCCUCCAGAUUUAAGUCGGCUGGACAAACUUGACAGCCCGCCUCCUCGUAUUUCUAGCCAUCUCAACACCUUACCAUCUUCUAAUUUACAGUCAUCAAUUUUCUCAAGGUCUUCUCCGUUCAGUACAAUCAGUUCAAGCUUCCCAUCAGGCUCAGUCUUCCCUGAACCAGCCAGUCAGGUCCAGCUGAAUACCCCCAUUGUCACAUCUCACGAUGGAAAUUUUCAACUCACACUAGCCAUCAAUGAAUUCAAACCAGAAGAGUUGACAGUGAAAACUCAAGAUGGAAAAAUCCUUAUUUGUGCUCGCAGAGAAGUUAUGACAGGAAACAGAGCUCAGACCAUUGAAAUGACACGAGAACACAGCCUGCCAGACAAUGUUGACCCUUUAACUGUCAAGGCUUUCUUCACAGAGACCAAUAACCUUAUUAUUGAAGCUCCAUUUUUGAAAGGCUAAUUGGUUUGCAUGUUGACAAAGAAUAUAAACAUUCUUUUGUAGAAAGUGAAUUUUAAGCAUCAGGUUUACAAACUAAAUUAUGAAAAGAUGAAUUCUAGGCUUCGUAUGAAUAAACAAGAGAAUAUGGACAAGAUUUAUUGUCUAUGUUUUGUAAUCAACUAAAUGUUUUCUAUUCAUUUCAAGUAGAACUGAAAGCUAAUGGAAUGUGAAUCUACAGCUUACAUUUACAGAUGCAACAUUUAUGAUUAUUUUGUAUGAUUAUUUUGUUAUGCCUAAAUUUUUUCUAAUGGGAACCUGACCAGUUCUUUGAGGUUCAUGAGAAAUAACAUGUCAAGUUGAUACAAAUCAUGUAAAAUAACAUCUGUUUUGCAAUCUUUAACUAAUAUAAUUUUCCCCUAAAUAACUGAUAUAAACAAUGUGCUAUACACACAAUAUACAUCUGGUUGAAAAAAAAAUACACAACUAAGUGAUGUCAUACUUCUGCUGGCCUUCACCUUCAAAUGAUUAUUGCAUUUUAUCACCGUCCUUUAGAUUUUUUUUACUGGAGUUGAACUAGACUUUGCUGUAAAUACUUAACAUAUACACUUCAUUUCUUGUUUAUUUUCAUGUUCCUCUCUAUAGCCCUAUGUUUAUUACCAGCUUAUAAUGUUUGAAAGUCAAUGAAUUCUAUGCCUCUCUGUAAGUCUUGCUUAUUUGAAUUGAAAGUAAUGUAGAAUAAUUUUAGAAGGUAACUUUUUUUUUGUUCAAGUUCCUUUAAAUUUCCAUGAAAACUCAAUACAUUUUAUUAUCAAUUAUUUUAUUUUUUUAAAGACUUACAUUUAAAUAGAAUUGCAUUAAAUUAGUGCUAUCAGAAUUGUGAAUGAACAAACACUUCAGAUUCAGAUUCUGAAAUAGUACACAUUGACUUACACAACUGAAUGGCUGUAUAAAGUAUUUAUUAUUGACAUUGCAUGCAGAAUUACUUUGUAUUUCAACAUUCGGUGGAUCCACUGUUUGCAUUAUUUAUUGUUGUGAAUAUAAAUAUUCCUUUGAUUAAUUUUAGACUUUGAUUAGUCUUCAUUAAGUCAUUUCCUUCAUCACUGGUAGUGUUCAAUGAUACAAGAUAAAAUUGUAACACAAUCAACUAUGUAAUGAAGCAUCAGACACAUUGACUUCAUAGAGUGUUAGCUGAAAACUUUUUAGAAUCUAAAAAUGCUGUUCUUGAAGUUAUAUUAUCUGAAAGGUAUUCAUUUAGUGCAUUAACCACUGGCUACUAUUUUUAACGCACUAUCAUUUGGGCUUAUAUUCUUACCAUUUUUCCAAGAUGUAGGUAAAUCAAAACUAGACUUAAUGUAAACAAAAAUAUUUUCUUGUAUAACUGCCAUUUUUUUGUAUUUAUAGACACUGAAUUAUAUCUAGAUAUUUUAAUGCAAAAGUAAAUUGAUAAUUAACGUCUAGUCCAAAUAAAUAUUCAUUGUUUAGGUUA